AUGGUUAGAUCGUGCUCUGGUAUUUAUUAUCCAAAAAGAGAACACAGUCCUACAAAUGUGAAGAUCACACCUGUGAUCGGACAGGGAGGUAAAAUCAGACACUGCGUGUCUAUACACAGGCCUUUACAUGAUCAGAAUAAGACAUCCAGUGAACGGGUGCAGGCAGAGUCUCAGACAGACAUCCAGUCCAGUAAGCAUAAGGACCGGAGAAAAGGCUCGUUGGACGUCAGGUCCACUACGUCUCGAGGCAGCGAUGGCAGUUCCCAGAGAAGACACUCCUCCAUGGCCAGAAUCCACUCCAUGACCAUCGAAGCUCCAAUCACCAAGGUGAUCAACAUCAUCAACGCAGCCCAGGAGUCUAGUCCAAUGCCCGUAGCAGAGGCCCUGGACCGGGUCCUGGAGAUCCUGAGGACCACAGAGCUCUACUCUCCUCAGCUGGGCACUAAGGAGGAAGACCCCCAUACUAACGACCUGGUGGGAGGACUGAUGACGGAUGGCUUGCGCAGAUUAUCAGGAAACGAAUACAUCUUUGCUGCGAAGCAGCCCCACCUCCCAAGUCACCUAGCCAUGCCCCUGUCGUUGAAUGACAUCCCUCCUCACGUUGCCCAGACAAUGGAGAAUGAAGACUCCUGGGACUUUGACAUCUUCAACCUGGAGACUGCCUGUCUGAAACGGCCUCUGACCUAUCUGGGCCUGAAGAUCUUCUCUCGGUUCGGGGUGUGUGAGUUCCUGAGCUGUCCCGAGGCCACUCUCCGCUCCUGGCUGCAGGGGAUCGAGGCUAACUACCACUCCACCAACUCCUACCACAACUCCUCACAUGCUGCCGAUGUCCUGCACGCCACCGCAUACUUCCUCUGCAAGGAGAGGGUCAAGCAAAGUCUGGAGCAGAUUGAUGAGGUGGCGGCUCUGAUAGCAGCCACAGUACACGACGUGGAUCACCCGGGACGCACCAACAGCUUCCUGUGUAACGCAGGAAGUGAGCUGGCCAUCUUGUACAACGACACGGCCGUGCUAGAGAGCCACCACGCUGCCCUUGCCUUCCAGAUCACCACACGGGACGACAAGUGUAACAUCUUCAAGAACAUGGAGAGGAAUGAGUACCGUACCCUGCGUCAGGCCAUCAUAGACAUGGUGCUCGCCACAGAGAUGACAAAACACUUUGAGCACGUCAACAAGUUCGUCAACAGCAUCAACAAGCCACUGGCCGCGCUGGAGGAGAACGGGGGAAUCGGCGACGAGGAGUCUGUCAAAGGCAUCCUAACGUCCCCGGACAACCGGAUCCUUGUCAAGCGUAUGCUGAUCAAAUGUGCCGACAUCUCCAAUCCGUGCCGACCGCUGGAGCUGUGUAUAGAAUGGGCCGGACGCAUCUCAGAGGAAUACUUUGCACAGACUGACGAGGAGAAGAGGCAGAGUCUACCGGUGGUCAUGCCUGUGUUUGACAGGAACACCUGCAGCAUUCCUAAGUCCCAGAUCUCCUUCAUAGACUACUUCAUCACAGACAUGUUCGACGCCUGGGAUGCGUUCGCAGACCUUCCCAACCUCAUGCAGCACCUGGACAACAACUUCAAGUAUUGGAAAGGCCUGGACGAGCGGAAGCUGCACAGCCUGCGUCCUCCCCCAGAGUAGGAGCACCCUGACUGGGGUCGACGCCAGGCCCUGGGCCCCUCCUUGGUUCCUGUCCGUCCAGGGCUACCAAGCCUUCACUCUUCUGCUUCUGUAACACGCCAUCAAGCGUCCACAUGUCCGUCCAACAGAGACAACACAUACUGACAGACGGACGGACGGACGUGCUGCAGCAACACCAGGCUCUUGCUUCAUACAUAAACCUCGCUAGCUGAGGAUGGAUGAUGGACAGACACACGGCGCCUCAGAGUCCUUAUAAACAACCAGUGCCUGGUGGGCUUGUCUGUAUGCUCCUACUGCUGCCAGUGAGGCUGUGUGAGGGACUGUUCUUCUCCCAGCCAACCUAGUGAUGGAUGUACCAUCCCCCUAGUACUCACACACACACACACGGGUUCCCCCUGCCUCUCUCUCUGUCUCUCUGUCAGUCAGAGGCUGAGGAUGUUACUGUCUCUCUGCAGACUGACUGCUGGUUCACUGUUGGUAGAGCUACGGAGAAACAAACAAACAAACUGAACAUUGAGAUGUCAGGUGGUUUCAAGUCUCUGGCACCUCCAAUGAAAAACUGUUUGGAGGAUCAGCUGAUGGGACAGGUCACAAUACACAGUUUUUCCUUCCAAAUGGCACCCUAUUCCCUAUAUAGUGCACUACUUUUAGGAUAAAAGAGUCUAUGGGACUCUGGUCAUAAGAAGUGCACUUUAUAUAGAGAAUAGGGUUCCAUUUGGGAUGGCCCACAAUGUCAAAUCCACAUCAGACUGUACUACCCAGUGUAUGGUGGGCAUUCGACCGGAUAAAUCCCUAUAUCGCCCCCCAGUGGCCACCAGGUUGAACUACACUCCACCUCCACUGGCUGCCACCAUCACCCUUCACUUUGUCUUCUAUCUGUAUUUCCUUUGUUUCUUUGUCCUUCAGAAGCACCUCGUCCACUAGAGGACCUGUAGCGACGGGAUGGGACACGAGGCCGUCCUAAACACACUAAAAUUGUGUUCCAUAUAACACCCUAUUCCCUUUAUAGUGCACUACUUUUGACCAGAAUCCUAGUCAAGAGUAGUGCACUAUUGCCGUAUAGGUCCUGGUCAAAUGUAGUGCACUAUAAAGGGAAUAGGGUGCCAUUUUUGGACGCAUCCAGAGACAUACGGUUGUGUGGGGUGGGGGUGUGAUCACGGGUGUUCAGUGGGUGGAGCUAAUUAACUGUCCUCAGGCCCCUGGUGAAAGACACAAACAUUCAGACAUCUUGGUCAUAGCUAGGUCAUUAUUACAGACAAUUUGGUAUUUUUAUUUUGUUUUAAAUGUUCCAUAUUUUCUUUACAACAAAAAAAUAAUGUGUAACAUCAAUUAAUGAAUUAACGGAUGAAGAUGAUGAUGAAGAAAUUAGAACAAAAAUAAGAAAAGAUGAAAGAAAGAAAAGCCAAAGCUGAAUAACAUAAUAUUAUAUAACUCUCUGAGUCUUGUCGAUGAUGAGGAGGAGGAGGAUUAUUAUCCAUAAGAAAACAUUAACGUUAUAAACAUUUAUUUUUAUUUUAGUACAGUAUCAGUUUGAAUGGACAUCUUUGUAUUGCACUGUAAAACAACAGUUAAAUUGUG